CUAUUAUGUAUGUUCAGUUGUUGUUCCAUUUUGAAAUAUCCAUUAAAAAUACUAUUGAUUCUCCAUCUUUAGUAAACAAUAUAGAUGGGUCAGAUUGUUAAUUGGAAAAAGAAAGAUUAGAGAUAACCAAAAAGGAAGAACUAUUUCCCGGAAUUUUCCCCUUUCUACUAUCUUGUUAUCGGGGUUGUUUAAGAAAGAAAACAGGCCCUGAGAAUUACCAGGGUGGGGGUUUGUGCAUCAUUUCCUACCAUACAUCAUAUCAAAGUCUUAAUCACUGCUAGUUUACGUCUUUAUCUUUGAGCCAAGUUGCAAAGUGCUUCAAAGCAUCUUCCAUCCAUUCAUGUCGACAACUCUCAACCGCUUCAGAAACAGAUAACCAGCUCCUUGUACGAGUACUUUGCUCUGGCCAUGACUGCAGCUCUUCUUUCACGUACAAUGCAAACAUGGCAGCCCUACACAACCCUUCAGUACAACUCUCCUCUUGAUUUGUUUUACUCUUGAAGUGAUAAUCCCCUAUGAAAUCCUACCAAUCAAAUGCAAAAUUAAUUUGGAGCAAAAUGAUGCGUUACUAAUGCUUUUAACAAACAACCAUUGGUCAACUAAGGAUUCCUGGUGUUCUAAAGAAAACAUUGGAGAAUCAAGACUCAAGUACUAACUCAACUUAUCUUCGACUGAAUUUCCAGUUUUUUUUUUCUCUGAAAUGAACGGCGAUCUGCUUUCUCCGGCGACGGCUCUCAGCCCCUCCGACAGACCGCCAGACCCACCCCGACUGUCUUCCGUGCACACGCACACGGCCACCACACCGACUUUAGUGCCUGAUAAGGUUGGAUCUGAUGAUUCGAUGGCAGUAGAUGCUCCGGCGACAGAGGCCCCAGAGAUAGGGAAAUCAACACAGGGAGUGUCUUCCUAUGCGAACGCAGUCCGGGGGGCAAAUAUGGCUUCCUCCAAGGCGGUGAUCCCAUGGACCCCAAUAGGCGAAAACGACCUUGUUGCCGGAUCUUACAACGGCGAACCUGAACUGAAGGUCUCAGCUGGCCUCAAAUCCAAACUGAGCGCCCCUUGGCAGAGAUCGCUGGUCGUUCGCACGCUAGGCCUGCGGAUUUCCUACACGACUUUCGGUCACAAACUUCGGGCACAAUGGCGACCGACUGGAACGAUGGAGAUCAUGGUUCUUGGGCAGGAAUGUUUUAUUGUUAGGCUCGACAACGACGCAGACUACUUCCGAGCUCUGACGGAAGGGCCUUGGAUGAUUUUUGACCACUACCUGCUGACUCAACAAUGGACGCCGGAGUUUCGGCUGUCCAAUAAGCUGCCAAGCACCAUGAUUGUUUGGGUACAGCUCCCAGCGUUCCCAAUCCAUUUUUACCACAGAGAGGUGCUGUUCUCGAUCGGGAAUCUGAUCGGGCGGACUAUAAAACUAGACUAUCAUACGCAGCACCAACAGAGAGCAAGAUUUGCCCGAAUUGCUGUGGAAGUGGACCUCUCCAAACCAUUGGCGACGCGUAUCCGGCUCGAUGGGAAAUGGCAGUAUUUGGAGUAUGAAAACCUACCGAUCCUCUGUUUCGAAUGCGGGAGGGUAGGGCACACUAAAGAAGUUUGUCCAUCAUCAGUCCAAUCGGCGCCGGCUCUGUGUCUUGAGGCACCUGGUAACUCGCCGGCGGUGAUGUCAGCGGCGACUCAAGCAUCGGAAGAGGAAAAGGAAGGUUUUGGUCCAUGGAUGCAGGUGACGAGGAAAUCACGGCGGGGGAGUAGGGAUUCAACAAAAGGAAACUCGAUCAACAGAAAAGGGGAAGGAGAUAUUCAGGGGAAAGGUGGAAAAGGAAAGGCUGGUAUCAAGGACACCCCCGUAGCAGAAUCUCGUCCGCCGAGAACCACGUCAUCUGGAAAUCUUGAGCUAUCGGCGGGAGGAAAAGCAGGGAUGGAUCGCAGCACCAACCCUAAGCAUAAAGGAAAGGCGGUUGUUGAAAGCCUUCUGGGCGGAGAAAGAGGUAAGGGGGUUCUGGGCCCGGUUCCAAAGCCUGUAGGGCCCAGCCCAGGGAAACCCGCUGGAGGGAUCUCUAUGUCGCGGGCCCAAGGCAAAGGCCCCUCUUCUUCAGGGACGAAACAAGACCCUCCCCCGGCCCUCUUUGUAGCCCCCCUCACUGAUGGGCUGGCAGCCCAAAAUUCCCCCUCCCUGACUUCAAUACCCAGCAAUAAUGGAACCAAAAUUCAGAUAGUUAAUCUCCCCCAACCUGAUCCGAGCGAAGACCCCCCGACCGACAAAAACUCUCUCUCGGCUGCAGCGCGGACCAAAAACCAGAAGAAGCAUCUUAAAAAACAUAGCUCCCCAGCCAAAACCCCCCGCCCUGUUACCUCUAAAGCCCUCCAGAUUUGGACUCCGAUUAAGGGAAAGAAGAACAAGGCUCGCACCAAAAUUGCGACCCUUACCCUCCAAGACAUUGAAGCCUGGACGGAAGCUGCGGGGCGAAAACAAGGGGAGGAAAUGGUCGGGAUAGCGGACUGUGACGCCGCCGGCGAUAGCCUGGGGAACGCGGCGGCCUCCACCAGCGAAUGAUUGGCGCCGCCGAUCACCUUC